AACGUAUUGAACGAUUCAUGAAGAAGAGUGCUGAUGCUGAGUAUGACUUCUUGGAUUUCUGGGAAGCCAAUCAAAAGUUCUUUGCUAUGAAGCAGGGAACAACCGAAAACUUGAUGCAUUUCAAGGAACGAUUCUUGACGACAACACGAAUCCCAACGGUGUUUUUUGUGAUGAAGCGCUGUUCGGCGGGCUUCAGAGACUUCAUCGCUAGGUGCACUAUCGGCCAGUCCACCGAUCGGAAGUGUUUGGGAGCGAGGCGGCCUUUGGCUGCUCAGUAUUCCAUCAAUUCCGGUUCCGUAAACGAUGGGGUCUCGACUCCGAGAACCGAUGCCGCUUGUGCGGCCUGGAGGAAGACCACCUACACGUCCCCCGCUGCCCUUCCGCCCGGGCCAAGACCCAGUGGCAGCUCCUACUCCAAGAACUCCAAGAUUGGUUCCAGUCCACCACCACUGCUACACCCAUCGCCCAAUUCCUUGGGGCCCUUCUUCGCACCAUCCGCACCCCUAACAACCAGCCUCAAACUGAGACUCCGUGGUACCGCCUACACGGAAUGUCUUCUUCCGCCCUCACCCAAGUCUGUGAGGCUCAAUUCCGCCUUGGCCCCCAAUGUCUCCUCGAAGGCCUUCUCGUCCACGGCUGGGCCGACCCCCAGCAACAAUUCUCUCGCGGUAGUCGCCGAUCCGGUAACCGCUGGGCUGCCAAUCUAUCUUGACAGCUCAUCCUUAUCGGUAAAGGCAUGUGGAAGCAUCGUAAUGAUGUCUUUCAUUCUGACGACAACAUCGUCAACCAACAGCACACGACUGCUCUCGAUCGACGCAUCCACAAAGAGUUUGACAUGGGUCCUCGCGACCUACCUCGGAACCUUCGCCCUGCCAUCCGUCGAUCCCGCCUUGUAG